CAAAAAUUUUCCAAUGUGUGAAAAAAUAUUGUUUAUUUAAGAAAACGUGAAAAAUAUUCCAAAUAUAAACGAAAAUAUCUGAAUAUUUGUAAUAUCACUACUAAAGCUUUAUAUAACGUGCAGUUGAGAGCAGAAAAACGUAUCAUUUAUAUCACAAAGCGCAGAGCGCAAGGUACACACACACGCAAUGGCCGCGAAUGAUUCCGGCGUAGAGACUAGUAAUGAUAGCAACGAUGGAGUCAGUGGUGUCGCCGUUAAUAUUGGAAACGGUUUAUCGGUGGGAAUUGGCACCAGUAUGACUAAAAUUAUUGACAUUACACCUCCACCGGCCAUAAUGCCGCCCACCCCAACGUCCUCGCCCAACACACAUGAGUGGCCCAACUUCAGUCCGAAUGCAUUCCAACUGAAUCGCGGGGAACAUUUUGCGCUACCACACUUGCCACCACUGCCCCUAAAUUCGGAUUACUUGCUUCAUCCGAGCAACCUGCCAUCAGGAAGCCAUCUCUCGCAAUUCAAAAUGCGGCUACGUACGCGUAGUAAGCAGCGCUUGCGUUCGAACUAUAACAACAUUUUAGCAGAGUCAAAUGGUCGUAAACUACGUACCGCUGCUACCACCUGCAAUAUUGAAUUACUAACUCGUGUAUUAGAAUCGGGAGCGGAUCCGAAUGCGGCUGACGAAUAUAAACGCAGCCCACUACAUUUAGCCGCUUGCCGUGGCUAUAUACAAAUCGUCCAACAGCUACUGAAAUUCGGGGCUAACCCAAAUGUUGUGGAUUCUUUAGGCAAUACGCCACUGCAUCUUGCCGUCAUUUCGGCCAGCUCUAAUAAUUUUAACGUAGUGGUGCGUGUACUUCUGCAGGGCGGUGCCAGUGUGCAUAUGUAUGAUCGCAGUGGUAAAACCCCACUGGAAUUGGCAGAGGCAAAGUUGAGGCUAUUACGCACACGCUACGACCGUCCUACUCCCGAGUCCGCCAAAAUACUUGAAGAUAUGUGCAUGCUGACAACGCUUAUUUUGCGCUACAUGGUCAAACAACAACGUGAACUGGAAGAUUUAUCUGCGCUGGAGCAACGUUUGCAGAAUUUGAGUACCAGCGACGAUCAAGAUCAAGUUGUUUCACAGACAGCGGAUGAGUUGCUUGCAAGUGUCGAACGUCUGUCCAUCAAUAAGUAAAUGCAAUUCAACAAGUGAUGAUGGCUCAAUAUAAAAAUAUAUCAGUUUUUUAUAUCCUCGCUUAAAGUGGCAAGGUAUAACUCCAUUGUCUAGGUUUGUAAUGCAUUUAAAAAAAAAUCAAAAAUGCGGCAACCAAAAGAGUACAAUACAUAUGUAUGUAUGUAUAUUAUUUACCAAGGUGACGAUAGUGAAACGGUUUGAAUAACUUUUGAUUUGUUUGUGUGAUUUAAUAACAUUUUCUUAAUUUAAGACCUCAGCGAACGUAAAUUGUCCUCUGCAAAAGUUAAAUUCAAAUUAUUUCGAAUUUUCAUUGAGCAUAGGCCUAUUUAGUUUUGUACUUUCUAAUAGUAUUGAAUUGUACUAUGUACAUAUAUAAGCGUCGAAGCAACCGAUUUCAAAAUAUGAUAAACUAUGCCCAGGAUAUAUGUAUGUACAUAUAUCUGCCGAGUCUCUGCGAAAUGCUUGCAACCGCAUAAAAGGCUGUACAUUUACUUUUUUAAUUAAACAUAUUUGCGUUCUUUUGCGUAAUAUUUUUCGAUAAAGCGGAAACGUUCAUCAUUUUUAAGAUUUAAGUUUCAAAUUUAUGUUAUAGUGCUUACACUGAUUUGAAAAGUGUACAGGAGACGCAAUACUUGCGUUCCAGAUGCUUAACGAUUUGCAGGUUUUUACAGGAAGCCGUUCCAGGUGACCACUACAACAACAACAACAACAACCUUUCAUAAGGUUUAUGAAUGGAGAAAACACCUUUUCCUGCAAAUCCUGUGAAACCUGCAAAUCGUGAAGCAUCUGUAACGCACUUAAUAUGGGCAUAAAAACCAUUCAUUAUGCAGAAAAAACUGUACAUUGACAACAACAAACUGAUAAAAAUAUAACAAAACACGUUACAAUGGUAUUUGAAAAUUUUAAGUUUAACAUUAAGGUAAAUUUACAAAAAUAUUUAAAACGAAAUAAGUGGAAAAUUUAGGAAACAAAACAAAUUCAAAGUAGAAGUUACAAAAAGAUCAAUCUCGCAUCGCAUAAAAGGGGAUUAAAGAAAUUCAUUAGAUGCAUUGAGUAUAUACUUACAUAUGUAUACAUAUAUGUAUGGAAAAUGUGAACUAUAUGCCUAAAUGCAGUAGAGAAACUAUCACACCGAAAUGAUAAAUAACUUUAUUGAUAAAAUUAUUAAACUGUAUGUAAUUUCAAUUUAAUGAGUGUGAAAAUAAAGGCAUUUGCCGCUUAAACCAAAAA